GGAAUCGAAGCGUAUAAUUUUAAUUCUUUUCUUUUCUAUUAAGAAAAGAAAAGAAAAUUGGACCGAGAGAGAGAGGGGGGCGUGGAAGACAACAAAGAGAAGAAGUAGAAGAAUAAGGUGGAUCUGUUCGGUACUCUGUUUGUGAAUUAGGGCAUCUUUAUUGAAAAAUGGCGUUGCAGUGGAUGCUUUUGGCUUAUACGGUGGCAGUGGAGGCUGCCAUCGCCAUUCUUCUUACCAUUCCUUCACCCAAGUUGCUCAAGAAACGCUUCGUCUCUUUGAUUUCACUCAUUCUACAGCCUGCACUCUUCGUUGUCCCCUUCGCCGGCUUUCAGAUUCUAGAUAUCUACUGGAAGAAUGAGCACCGGUUGAUGUGCACAUCUGAGAUCUGUACCGCUGCUGAGAGGGAUCGAUAUGAGAAAUCUAUCUAUAAAGCUCAGAGGAAUGUGAUUCUGUGUGUUGCUGCAUGCCUUCUCUACUGGUGUAUCUACCGCGUUUGCAAGUAUAACAAAGAGAUUGAAAGUUUGGAGGAGGUAGAGAAAAGAUACAAAGAUCAGUAGGUUACAGGGAAUAUGAAAUCCUGUUAUAUGUGGGAAUGGUUUUUUAGCCACGGCUUGUGUUAUUGAUACUUAAAUCUUUGUUUGUACUUGAGUAUUGGAAGUAUUAACGUUAUUAGAACACUAUAACUUUGUUGUUUUAGCGUUGGUCAAUUAUUCAGCUUUAUGAAAAAGGAACUCAUACCAUUACUGUUGUUGGAUUAGUGGGAAUAAAAUAAUUUAGGUCUGGAUGCGAUUACAAUGAAAUAGAAUGAUCUCGUGUGGUUU